AUGAAAUCCUUGCAUUGCGUCUAUAACAAUGGCAGAUUUGCUGAUGAUUACACGCCUGAUCUCCAAGGAUUUAUGAGUCCUCACGAUUUUAUCUCCAUUAUGAACACGUUUAAUAGUGUGGCAGAAAGCUUUUCGCCUUAUGUUCCUAUGGCAACCAAUAUAUUCAUGGCUGUCAUUACGUUCAUAAGUCUGGUCACAAUGAUAGGUACCAUACGCUAUACGCAGCAUGUUGAAGUCGUACUGGUCUUCCCAAUCUCCUUUUUAUGUAUUACUGUUUUGCUCAUCAUCUGGAGACGUCGUAGAAAUAUAAAGUUUGAAAAAGAAAUGACAAGACUAUGCGCUUGUAUGAAUGCUACUGAAAAUGUUCGUGGGAUUAACUUUAAGCUAUCGUAUUUGACUCCUGAUCAAAAAGUAUCUAAUGAACCUACAUCAAUUUAUGCUAUUACUAUUGAAUUCGACGAUCGAUAUAAUCUCUUACAUCAAAUAUCCAGAUCUAAUUCGUCACCUCCGGCUUACUCCAGCUUACAGAUGCCAGUCAACAUUUAUUGUCCCAAUCAAAGUCAAUUUGUACAAAAGGGGGGUGAUGAUCAAUGA